AUGCGGGAGCGCUCCCGCCCCCGCGGCCGGCGGGAGGCGGGCGGCGGCGGCGGCGCGGGCGGGGCGGAGGCGUCGCCCCGCGGAGAGCGGCGGGGGGACCCGGCGGCGGGCGGCGGCCGCGGGCCGGCGAUGGAGGAAGGGGCAGCAGACCUGCGACAGAGAAAGAAACAAAACUGCUCAGAAUCUGACAAAAUGGCUCCAGAGCAGAGAAACAAAGAAAACUCAAAGCUGGGAAGAUCGCCAAAAUAUAUGUUAAUCCAGCGUUUCGCAAAACUUUUCUUUGGCUGCCUGGCAGCAGUGACCAGUGGAAUGAUGUAUGCUGUGUACCUCUCAACAUAUCACGAACGGAAGUUCUGGUUUUCCAGCAGGCAGGAACUUGAACGAGAAAUUACAUUUCAGGGUGACAGUGCCAUUUAUUAUUCAUUCUAUAAAGAACUGCUAAAGGCUCCUUCCUUUGAAAGAGGUGUUUAUGACUUGACACACAACAAUAAAACAGUAUCACUGAAGACAAUAAAUGCAGUCCAGCAAAUGACUUUGUACCCAGAGCUGAUUGCCAGUGUUUUAUAUCAAGCAUCUGGUAGCGAAGAAGUUAUUGAACCAGUGUAUUUCUACAUUGGUAUAGUUUUUGGACUGCAGGGAAUUUAUGUGACUGCAUUGUUUGUAACCAGUUGGGUUAUGAGUGGGACUUGGCUGGCAGGAAUGCUGACUGUAGCAUGGUUCAUUAUUAACAGGACAGAUACAACAAGAAUUGAUUACUCCAUACCAUCAAGGGAAAAUUGGGCUUUGCCGUAUUUUGCAUGUCAAGUAGCAGCUCUCACAGGCUAUUUAAAAAAAAACCUAAAUUGUUCUGCUGAGAAGUUUUGUUAUCUUUUGGUGAAUGCUUCAACAUACACCUUCGUGAUGAUGUGGGAAUACAGUCAUUAUCUCCUGUUUGUCCAGGCUAUUUCUCUUUUCCUGCUAGACAGCUUUGCCCUGGCACAGACAGAGAAGGUGCAUGAAGUAUACAAAAUCUACCUGUUUUCUCUCUUCUUGGGGUACCUUCUGCAGUUUGAAAAUUCAGCCUUACUAGUGUCACCGCUACUCAGUUUCGUAGCAGCUUUAAUGCUCUCUAAAUGCCUUCAGAUGAAUAUGAAAAAAGGUACAUUUAUGUCAAGAUUGCUGAAAAUAAUGUACAUUUAUUUGGUACUUACAGUAGCAGUGACACUAAACUUCUUAUUAAAGAUGUUUGUUCCUCAUAAAGAAAAUGAGCAUUUGCUGAAGUUCAUUGAAGUAAAACUUGGCUUAAACACAACUAAGAAUUUUACAAUGAAUUGGCUCCUUUGUCAAGAAUCUCUUCAGGCACCUUCCCAAGACUUUUUUUUGCGACUAACACAGUCAUCACUGUUGCCUUUUUAUAUUUUAGUAUUAAUUAUUUGCCUUUUUUCUGUAACUCAGGUCAUUUUUAGGAGAAUUUGUGGUGAACCACUGAAAGAGACAGUUAAACUUGAGGAUGGUCGUAUUGGAGAGAGGCCAGAAAUAGUUUAUCAUGUCAUUCACACAAUUUUGCUUGGUUGUCUAGCGAUGUGUUUGGAAGGAAUGAAAUAUCUAUGGACACCUUAUGUUUGCAUGCUUGCUGCAUUUGGGGUGUGUUCUCCUGAACUUUGGAUGACACUUUUCAAGUGGCUUCGACUGAAAGCUGUGCACCCGAUACUGCUGGCUCUUAUUCUGAGUAUGGCAGUUCCCACAAUAAUUGGAUUCAGCUUGUGGAAAGAGUUUUUCCCUAGGAUUAUGACAGAGCUUACAGAACUGCAAGAAUUCUAUGAUCCUGAUACAGUAGAACUUAUGACAUGGAUAAAACGACAGGCUCCCGUGGCUGCAGUGUUUGCAGGCAGCCCACAGCUCAUGGGUGUGAUUAAGCUCUGCACUGGAUGGAUGGUGUCGAGCUUACCUCUGUACAACGAUGAUGAUCUUCUGAAAAGAAACGAGAAUAUUUAUCAGAUCUAUUCAAAGAGGUCAGCAGAGGAUAUUUAUAAGAUACUCACAUCCUACAAAGCAAAUUUUUUGGUUAUUGAAGAUUCAAUUUGCAAUGAAGUGGGACCUGUAAGAGGAUGCAGAGUUAAAGAUCUAUUGGAUAUUGCUAAUGGUCAUGUGGUUUGUGAGGAAGACGACAACUAUGCCUACUCAAAAUAUGGACGAUUUUGUCAUGAAAUCAAAAUGAACUAUUCUCCAUAUGUGAAUUAUUUUACUCGAGUAUACUGGAAUAGAUCCUACUUUGUAUAUAGAAUCAACACUGUGAUAUCCUUCCAGUCAUGAAAAAGCAUGCAAGCUUCCUUCUGAGGAUUUAUUCUGAAUGAAUUUCAGUUGAAAAAGUUCCUUUGGAUCAAGGAAGUUAUUUUUUCAGAUAUAUGUGCACACAUGCAGGAUACUGACAACUUUAUUUUACCAAACUGGAAUUCUUUGGAACUACAGAUCAACAGAGAUACCAUCCUUGAAGGAAAUGGGAACAUUUAUCAAUUUUACAGUCUAUACAACGUGUGACAGUCUUCCAUGUUUUUUACAUUUUUCUUCCCAUUUUAAAUCAUCUUAAUUUUAAUGUAAAUGAGAUUUCUAACUUUAGCGUUAGAGAGCUGAUGUCCAUAGACUUCAGUGAAUGCAGAAAAAUUAUUUCAAGAGCUCAUUUAGGUCAUGUAGCUUUUAUUUUUUAGGCAGAAAGCAGCUGGUAUCUCGAGUCUUUUCAAAGAAGUGUUUGGAUGUUUAGUUUGGGGUUUUUUUAUUGUUGUUGUUUCAAUUCUUCCUGUCUUCCACUGUAAACAUUUCUGUGUUUAUCAAACACACAUCUUAUGUGUAGCUAUAUGUUCACAUACAUCUUAUGUGUAGCUAUACUGUUUGUUUAAGUCAAAUAAGGAAGAUUUUAUUUAAACAACGCUUCCAUAGAUUAAGGCACUGAUCUCUGUGCUGUUAGAGACAUGCUGGUGGAAGUGCUGGGGCUUAGACCUCGCAGUAGGAGCUGACAGGGUCAGAUCUUCAGUUUGGAAAGAACUUGUCUUCAGGAUUCUUCCACGCUUAAGUACGUGCAUGUGUGUGUGCAUGUGUGUGUCUUAGCAGCCAGCACAAUGGGCCAGUAUAUACCACAGUGUGCUUGUUUUCAGGCAAGUGUAGCAGCACAAUUAGGUUUGCUACUGAGACUUCUGCACUUCGGUUUCACUCCCUCUUUGUGUGUGUGUGUGUGUGUGUGUGUGUGUAUGGGGAGGGAUGGGUCAUGCUCAUUUCAUUCAAUUUAUUAUGAGAUAGGUAUAAUAAAAUAGUGCCAUAACUGUCAUUUGAAACACUAUAAUCACCACCAUUAGUAAAUAGUGGUACAAUUGCUCAUAGUUAUUUUUAUAUCAAUUAUGCAAUUACACAGAGAUCUUUGAAAAUCUGGGAAAGUACUCUGCAGUUUUGCUUCCCUCUAAAAUCUAUCUUUGUUAUAUGGUCCCCUUUGCCUCUACAACUAUUUUUCUUAUCAUCCUGUCUGCUGUUGGCUGAUAGACUUUCAAGAGAAUGAAUUAUACUUUUAUACUUUAAUUCGAACUGUGGGUCUAAUCCUGCUGUUGAGAGUGGAAAAUCCAAUAAAAGAUAAUGAUAGCUUUACUUAACGUAGGUGUAGCUGGACAGAAAACCAAAACAUAAGUUCUGGAAGAAGUUGUGCACCCCUUAAGAGUUACCUGUAGUUAGGGAUUCAUGUAACACCUGGCCCAGAGACCAGUCUAUCAGGUAUGUGGGAAUGAUUCUUUGGAGACCAGAUGUCUUUAAUGAAGGAUCUGUCAAAAUGGGAUGAACUUUCAACUGAAAUAUCUGCAAAUGAAAGCUGCAAAACAAUCCUUACUGCACUUGUUGAUAAAAUGCAAGAUCAGAGAUCUUAACUCUGAAAUUAUUAGGAACUGCAGCAUGUUGGUGUAUAUGCAUGAUUCUUCUCUGCUUUAUGCAGAUACACUUCGUUACUUUACACUGACAGGUAGUGCUGAGAUUUUUUUAAACCUAUUACCACUUUUGGAGUGAUUUAAAAGAAAAAAGCUUUAUUGUUGUAAAAGUCAACGUCUGUAAUCUGUUUUUUACUUUCAGUUAUAUUUUUAUGCCUAUGAGUCUUGACAAAAUGUUAACUUAUGCAUUUUAUUUGAAACUAAUGCUGAGAUAAAUCUAUCGAAUAUAUGGGAUGUGGUCAUUGAGAGAAACAUUUACCAGUACAACUGAGUUACAGGGUAAAAGUAAAUAUCCUUUCUGGGCAUACAGUCAUCGUGUUGAGGGUGGGGUGUGUGUGCGUGUCUGGUCAAGUGCAGGCUGCAUUUAUUUGCUUGUGCACAAGUACGUGUUUUACUGCACUGGGCUGUUUCAGGCUUUUCAAGUACCAGGUAGCAACAAAAGCUUGUGAAUUAACUUGAGCCAAGGCAGGCCUGCAGGAACCUCCCCUCUAUGUGCUAGUAUGGAUAUAGAUGUAAUAUUUGGAAGUAACUUUAAAGUUCCUUAUGCAAAGUAAGUUUGUUCGAAUCACUGUCAAAGAAUUACAUGUCUGUGUGUCAGUCAUUUACUCUCUUGAAGUUAAUAAUUCAUGAAUAUCCUUUCAUAACAGCAAUAAGGCAUUCCAGGUAGCAAACUUCAGGGUUACAACUGCACUUGGGUGGAUGAAGUCGCAAAGCUUACGGCUUCAUGCCUUAGACUGCCAUGCCAAGAUGCAAUAUUUAACUGUCCUUGACUGCCUGUUGUGUUUUACUGCAGUGCUGUAUGUAUGUCUUACCACAUAGAACAUAGUUUGAAUACCUACAUGUAGAACACACAUAUUAAGAAAAACACAAACAAGGCCAUCCAGACAUCUAAACAAAGCUAUCUUGCAGCACGUUGGCCUUUAUACGUGUUUAAAUGAAUGUGUUGGGUUUUAUUUGAACUGUGACAUAGUUGUUGUUAUUAGUGUUGUCAUAGUUUUUAAGAUGUAUUCGUAAUACUUCAAUUGAUUCUGCUUUAGGAGAAUCAUUUAAGAUUUUUACCUUGCUUUUUUAUAUUAGAGAAAAUUGUAUUGCAGCACCAUUGGCACAGCAGCCUUAAGUAACAGAAGGAGCCUUUUAUGUGAGAGAACAUUGUGGUUGUUCCUGUAAAAAGGCAUCAUUAAAAUGAGUGACUGAAAUAAUCAUAUCUUACAAAGAAAGUGAAAUAAUUUCUUAUCCAGAUAUGGUUUAGCAAAAAUACUGUCUAAUCUCCAGCUUCUGUGAAAAAUAAACAAUAAGUUCCCUCAGAUAUACAAUGAUAUCCCUCAGAAGGACAACAGUAGGGUAUAAUUACAUCAGAUUUGUACACACACAACCCUAGCUUGGUUUUUAACCAGGUCACAGGUUUAACUUCCUCAAAGGGCUGGGGGAAAGUUUUACAAAUUUUAAUCUGCUUUGCUGUAGAUGUUGCAAUUCAGUUGAAACAUGUGCCUUGCAAGCUUUUAUUAAACAAACAAAAACCUCAA